AUGCGCACCCAGCGAGAUUUUCUAAGACGGGCGAGCAAUUGGACGACGAGAAGCCCGAUAGUCAUAAACCCAUCGAGGAGGAGGGUAACACUUCUCCCGCGCCCUCAAUGGAGCAUACCGAAAGCCGCGACUCCUACUUUCGCCCGUAGCCGACGGAGAUUUUCCUCGACUCCCGCAUCCAGACACGGCCACCUCGACCCUCCCAAACCCGGCGAAGAACGCAAAGUUACCUUCAUCGACAAAGAAGGCCAGUCCCACACCUUCCUCGUUGCCGACGGCGACAACCUCCUCGAUAUUGCGCAAGCCAACGACCUCGAGAUGGAAGGCGCCUGCGGCGGUUCCUGCGCGUGCUCUACCUGCCACGUCAUCGUCGAAGACCCCGAAUACUACGACCGCAUGGAGGAGCCAGACGACGACGAGAACGAUAUGCUGGAUCUGGCGUUUGGGUUGACAGAGACGAGCAGGUUGGGGUGCCAGGUGAAGAUGAGUAAGGAGUUGGAUGGGUUGGUGGUGCGGUUGCCGAGUAUGACGCGGAAUAUGCAGGCCAGUGAUUUCAAGUCGUAG